AAGAUUUUCUCUGUAGCUGAUGGCCUCUCGCUGCAUUCUUGCUGAUCGAUGAAAAUGGCUCAAAAGAGUUGAUGCAUUUCGCCCCCUCGGCAACGGGUGUACAGCCAAGGCCACAAUGCCACUGUGUUUCUUUCUUCAACCUCGAGAUAGCGACCAUCUGCCUACAUCCACGGAAGCAGCGCAAUGUCGACAGACAGUCACCCCGUCAUCAUGACUGCACGGACUUGUCUCUCAAUGGCGACUCUCUAUGGUGUUGCGGCAAACACCAUCACCACCUACCAUGACGCCGGGUUCGAUCACAGAAUGGGUGUCGUGGGAGUCGUCGGCUUUAUCAUCGCCGAAGGAGCAUAUCACAUUAUCGAAUUGAGAAAGCACAUUGGGAUUCGCCAUGAGGAACGUACUUGGACGAAUCCAGACUGUGUAUUGCACUUUCACAAAGGCGUAGCUGGGACACUCUUCUUCGGGAUGCUGUUCGGAUCCGCAAGAACCAACCAAGCCUUGCAGUUUCUAUGUCGUCUGAUUUCUAAAGCAUAAUUCUGGGUCCCAUCAAGCAACAGCAAAUACUGAUUGAGAAGAAUCCUAACGCUUCCGGA